CUACGCAGGCGCAAAUUGACCUUUCGGUUGAAGAACCCGUCGGUCACAUGUGAGUGUCGAUAAAUAUCUUAGUUUUAUCGUGAAUCCUUUAUAAAUAGUUGUAAUUAUUGUUUUCAUCACUCCUGACCGUAUCUAAAACUCGGCACACAACACAAUGGCUGACAUCGAGGAUACACACUUUGAGACUGGGGACUCUGGUGCCUCCGCCACCUUCCCCAUGCAAUGCUCGGCCCUGCGCAAGAACGGUUUCGUCAUGCUCAAGGGUCGCCCCUGCAAAAUCGUCGAAAUGUCUACUUCUAAAACUGGAAAGCACGGCCACGCUAAAGUUCACUUGGUUGGAAUCGACAUUUUUAACGGCAAGAAAUACGAAGAUAUUUGCCCCUCCACCCACAACAUGGACGUGCCCCACGUGAAGCGUGAGGACUACCAGCUCACCGACAUCUCUGACGACGGCUACCUAACCCUUAUGGCUGACAACGGCGAUCUCCGUGAGGACCUUAAGAUCCCAGACGGUGACCUCGGCACCCAGUUGCGUUCUGACUUCGAUAGCGGCAAAGAGCUGUUGUGCACUGUGCUGAAGUCUUGCGGUGAGGAGUGUGUAAUCGCAGUCAAGGCAAACACAGCUCUCGACAAAUAAACCAACUCAGCAUUUAUAGGGAUAUACAUACAUAUAAUUUUUUUACAAUCAACAGCUCUUACAUAAAUGUAAAACAUAAUACUAUGUAUAAUUUAACAUAAAAUAUUAUGGUGUGACGCGGUGCUGGCUUGUCGCCGUCCACUCCACCCCCGGGGGCACCUCGUGACGAUGACAUUGGUCUGUGAGCUGUGCUCACCGUACCGAUGAUGCGGUCCCAAUGUUGUGAUGGUAACAUUCUAGAGAUGUGUGUCAAUUUGUUGUGUGGGUUCUCUAGUCGUUGUAGUGGAAACUUGGCCGCGCUGCAUGCGUGUCACAGUUCUGUGGGCCUGUGUGUCGACGGCGUGGUUUUCAUUGCAUCGAAUUGUUGCCGAACAAUAUCGCACGUACGCACGAGUUUUGCUCAUGGAUACAAUAUGUAAUGAAAUAUUCGGUGCGUGGGACAGCAAGCAUUAAUUUAUUUAUACUUAAGUGUAAUGUGCCCUCGAGUGGAGUGCGACGCUGGCAGGCGGCCGCGUGCGACCGGCCGGAACUUCACGUUUGUUUUUGUUUUGUUUGUUCUCUUUUCGCUUACAACGUCUACUAAACGUUAAAGUUACGUUGCGCUCCGCGUGCUGCCGAAGGUUUGUUGAUCGACAUCGGUGUCAUGAAAUUUCCCGUGGUGGAUAUUAAUUUUUAUUGGAAUAUAACCCGAAAAAGAGAUGGACGCAAACUUGAAGUUAUUACCAUAUUUUAAUGCUAAAUUAAUGAAUACAUAAAAAAUCGAGAAAAUGCGCAAAAAAAUAGAAAUAAAGAAAAUUCUUGAAUGUGGUGUGUGAUUGAUUAGUCCUCUACUGGCACUUUCGUGCCGUGACGCCGCGUACGUGGCGCCCCUUCAUGUGUAACACUUGCCAUCUGUUCAAAUAACAUCCCACAGGCGCCUGUGGUGUGCAUUCCAUGGCGUGCAGUGUUCUGCUCCUCUCGUUUAACCGUGACGUGCUAAAUCAUUGAAGACUGACUUGAGAAUGUCUCCUGAUUACGACUGUCUUCAGGCAAGACUGACGAUGCAUUUGUGUAGAAGAAAUAGUUGUUUUUUUUUAAAUGUAAAUUUGUGCUCACUCGGCCUUUCCUUGCUCUCUUUGUUUGCUCCUUUGAACACAUGAGAUGUUACACAUUAUCGAGUGGCUUACGAUUGCCUAAAUUCCAUGUUUUAAAUGUAGUGUUUUGCGACGGCCACUCUCUAGCAAGUGUUGCCUUCAAGGGCUAGAUAGGGUACCAUUCAUUUGUAUGUUAGUGGACUUAUCAAUAUUCUUUUAACAUCAGAUUGUCAAAGACGAUAUGAUAUACGAAAAUUAAUGUAAGAAUGUAAGGUAAGGCCCUAUAGGAGAGAUAUUUUUUUAUGCAUUCAAAAUUCGUACAUCGCAGGUUGUACACUACUUUAGGCUGUUUCUAGGCAACAGUUAUGUUCUCUGUACAUUUUUUUCGAAAUUGCAUAAUCGUUAUUGUUGGUAAAGUUUUUAUACUAAGCAGCUUGUAAUCAGGUUUUUAUUUUAUAAAAAACCUAAAGUAUAUAAAUGUAAAGACAUCGGGAGGUG